AUGAUGAGUGUGAGGAUUAUCGUUGUUCUGGCUGUGUUAACUGGGGUAACUGGGAGCCCCAAUGUGAUGAUCAAACCUGAAGCUGACAUGUCAGCUCACCCCAACAGUGUACCAGAAACAGUGGAGGAAACAGAGAUAUUUGGACAGCAAAACGUGCCAGUAUUAGUGGGAGAGGAGGCCGAAGAGGAUGUGAUGGCGACCGGAGAGCUGAACCCAAAUCACUACCCUGCUCAGAGGGCAGCCAAAGUGGUCCAACACUACCUCAACACCCGGUAUGGCUCUCCAUACAGGCUGUUCGGACUGCAGAGGGUCAACAGCGGGAACGCAGAGGAUGUGGCAGACUCUGGGAGAAAGUAUCAGCUGGAGGUCACAGUGCAGGAGAUUAUCGGCAAUACUACAGAGAAAUGCUCUGCAGAGGUUUUGUUUCCGAGGGGAGAACGGCAGGGCUCAGCCCAGGUCCAGGCGUCGUCGUGGGAGGAGCUCCUUAAAAACGACACUGAAGCUCAAGAAGAGGCAUUAUACCAAGAGUACAAGAUGAACCAAAGCCUGGUAACGGCACAAAAUCUACCUGACAGCUACGGUCACAUUGAGCCCGACAUGAAGCCUCUCUGGCACCUGGGCUUUGUGGCCUCCAGCUUCGUCAUGCUGAAUGAAUCCACUGAAAACACACUGUACAACAUGGCUCAGGUGGCCAACGUCACACAGCUGCCAACUGAGAACGACCAGCUGAAGUUUGACUAUCACAUACUGCUGCAUGAGAUGGUGUCCCAGGAAAUCAUUCACUGGAAACUGCUGUUCACCUGGUCUCCUCCAGAGGGAGUUAAAGUGCUGCAGAUGGAACAGCUUCCACACUGCCACCACUGCGAAAAACCUCCAAACACAAACUAAACUGUUGACAUCAUCAUCGCACUGCUAUAACAACCAAAACCACAUCUUGAUGCUCACAUCUUGUAUUCAGCUACUGGAGCAAGUACUGCAAGUACUAAGCUAGGAUGUGUUGUUGACCUUUGAACUACCGAUUUAUACUAUCAAUGAUGGAAUGCAUCAUAUAUAAUGAUGAUGUCCUUACAUUGUGCUACUUUUGUAGUACUUUUUGUUGCUAUUGUAUUUUAGUCAAAAUAAACUGUUUAUACAGAC